UCCUUGACCUGCAGAGACAUCAAGACCUACUCUGAGGAUCACAGCAGGUAUGAUGGGAGGGGGUUGCAGGACAGGAUGGGGGGAACAAAAUAUCCCCCGAAGGCAUCACUAGGUAAGAUUGCUCAAUAGCCCUGAGAUAAACCGGGUUAUUCACCAGAGUGGGAAUUCAACGUGAAUUUCACAUUUUAGACCAAAAUAGCCGAGUUGGAAAAAUCCUCAGUCAGCUGUGCUACCAGCUCAGCUACUUUGGCCUUAAACUUUAAAUGCACAUUGAGUUCCUAACAAUUCUUACUUUAGUGAAUAACUAAAUUAGACUGUACUGAAAAAGUACUGUGGGUGGUGGAAUGAAUUUUUAGAACAGGUGGCAGGGGUAUCGAGUGUUAAUUUUUUUAAAAGGUUAUAGAGGGAGGAGGGAAGUGGGUAUAAAAAAUAAAAAUAAAAGAAUAUUUAGAAGACGAGUAGUUGAUUUCUCUAAAUCUCCAACGUUGGGUUUUAUUGGAAAAUACUCCUCCUCACUGGGGUAACAAAAAAUCCCCUCCUGAUGUUGUUAUGGUCAAAAUUCCAGUUGGUCAGGAGAACCAAUUCUGGCAUGAUCACUUGUUAGAGCCUUUUGACAAUUUGCCACCAAUCAGCACUCUGUAUGUGCCAACAACAUAAAACUAAUCUAACAAGCUUGAGAGCCAACUAUUUUUUUUUUCUUCUCGUUUUGUACUGUAGACUGACAGCAGCUAUAAAACAGCCAAUUGGCAGAACCAUGCGAUCAAAAAGCGUGGUCUGUGGCUCGGCUCUUUAGCCCAGGAGGCAAAUAAUUUAUCAGGCAGCCGUGCACGGGGACUGAGCUGUUUGACAUAUUCUUACAAAUCACUGCAGUUCUAAGCCACUCACAGAGUGAAGGGUGGACUUAGUGACCCUCUACACACCACAAACGUGGCGGUUGAGUUUAUUAUAUUCAUUCACGGAUUUUAUUUUUAACUCAAACGUGUAUAUAGAAUACCCUUCCUGUGUCGGUCUUGCGUCUUAUUCAAUAUUCUUUAUUUUUUUAUUAUUAUUGUGUGAUAUUUAUGUUGAGCUAAUCCAUCUUUCAGUCUCUUAUUUGUGCACACAUGCUCCCUUUAUUUCCAAUUAUCUUUCGCAUUUAAUGUAGCUACAUUUUUCUAAGAGGCUUAUAAGCCGUUGACACUUGUGGUGAUUAUUGUAAUUGGUCUGUUUUGUAGAUAUGGACAGGAAGGUAUGUGUCGGUGUACUGCUAGCAAUACUAGUCACUGCUUCACUCUGCAAGCCACUGAAACGACUAGAAUCUGCAAGGCACAGUGAUCUCCCAAAGACCUCCAGUUCUGGACUUAGCAGGCGGGAUCUAAUGGCGUCUCUGUCCCAUGAACAGAGGCAGAUAAUGUCCCAACUUUUCCCUCAACUUUCAGGUAAGGUAAAACACGAAGUUUGCUAUUAAAAGAUUACCACGAGAUGGCAGACUUUCCAAUUCCUUCCCACCAGAUACCCCUUCAUGUAAAAUUUGAUAUUAUAAUAUAUAUUAUAAUAAAAUAUUAUAUAUACACACAUACCUUAAAUGAAACGUGGAGUUACCAUAGAAAUAAUAAACAAUAGACAUAAAAGAAUCAAAAUAAGAUUGAAAUUCUAAGCAAAUCAAAAUGCACCCCUGCAGAAUCCUUUACACCAGGGGUGCCCAAAAGGUAGAUGCCCAGAUGUUUUUAAACUCCAAUUUCUACGAUGCUUUGUCAUUCUAAAGACAUGCAAAGCAUCAUGGGCGUUGCAGUUCUACAAAAUCCGAGGAUCUACCUUUUGGGAUCACCUGCUUUAUAACACAGUUAUUUGAGUUAUGAUAAAUUAUUUUUGGUCUGGUGUAUCAAUCUCCACAGUUAAUCUAAAAUACAUCCAUACAAAAGGCACGUAGAACCAUUCAGAAUCUUCUACACAUUUAUUUCACAAUAAAAACAUUUUGGCAAAUGGUGCCUAAUCUUGUAAAAUGUGUUUAUGGGUUAUGAGUAAAGCAUUCUUGGAGGAUCCAUUUAGAUGUUUUUUAAAUGCUAUGCUUCUUUUUGUCAUUGCUAUUGUUUAUGAUAUGCAUGGAUCCCAGUUACACACUUCCUAAUAUUUUAAAUAGACAGAGGGACACUUUAAUUUUAGGAGUGCGGUCAUGGGCCCAGUGUUUCUGAGAAAUUUUAAGAGACUUACUAAUAAUGAUUUAUGCACAAAAAUUUAAUUUAGAACAAGAACAAUGUAUCUUAUUUACACAGACUGAUUUCUAAACACAUUUAUUGUCGUUUAAAGACACGUUACUGAGAGUAUUAUUGCUGUGGAGCUCUGUUGUACACUCAGACACACCAACAAUAUGGAGCUCCAAUAAAAGAAGGGCAUUAGGAUAGAAAAGAGGGAUUUAGUCCAAAAGAAGGACUGUCCCUCUUAAAUAGGGACAGUUGGGAGGUAUGCUGUUAGGUGGGUCAUUUGAUGCAAAAGAAUUAGCAGUAUUAUUAGAUUGGAGUUUAUAAAGUGAUGAAGGUUUUGUGAACACUGCUCAGUUAACCCCUUAAGGGUUAAUGAUUCCCUUUUAUUCCAGAAGUUUGGUCCUUAAGGGGUUAAAGGGAUACUAUAGACAUCAAAACAACGAUGGCUUAAUUAAGCAGUUUUGGUGUAUCGAUCAUGCCCCUGUAGUCCCACUGCACAAUAGUAGUGAAAUCAUUAUUGUUUCUGUUAAUGCAGGCCUAGCCACUCCUCCCUUGGCUGCAACAGACACAGUUUACAUGAAAAAAAAAAAAGGUUUAAUUCUUAUUCACAUGUCUACCAGACAGCCACCAGCGGCACUUCCCGCAUUUUCACUGAGUUUACGCCGUGAAACGACAUAGGACGUCCUCAAGCUUUGCACAGAGGCAGAGGGACUCUAUAGCGUUAGGAAAAAAAUGUUGUGCCUUUAACUGUUUGUGAUGUAAUACACAGUUAAACCACAAGAUGUCACCAAAGAAUAACUAGAUUUUCUUUGGCAGUAAUUCACAUUCAACAUAUAUUUAAAAUUACACUUAUUUAGCGCACAUGCUGUUAUUAUUAUUAUUGCCAUUUAUAUAGCGCCAACAGAUUCCGUAGCGCUUUACAAUAUUAUGAGAGGGGGGAUUAACUAUAAAUAGGACAAUUACAAGAAAACUUACAGGAACAAUAGGUUGAAGAGGACCCUGCUCAAACGAGUUUACAGUCUAUAGGGAUAGAAUGUUGGAAUGGUGCCUUUCACCACAUGGAUUCCAUUUUAGGCUCGGGGCAGGCAGGGGCCAUCUUAUCAUCAUAUUAAGGCAGGCACCCAAUGGUGCAAGCGGUUCCUGCUUUAAUAGAUAUAAACCUCAUUUGAGUGCACAAGGGGGUGGCGCCGGGGAGUACAAAGACACUGCUAUAUGGCAGAAGGCACCUUAUGUUAAAGCAGUACUUGCCGCCAUUGUUGGGGGCAGACUGAAGCGGGUACCGUAGCGCAGUUAGUUCUCAGAGGAAAUGGGCCAAAAGCAGGACACUGUGGGUUAAAUUAUUGAACAGUCACACACAUACCACAACAAAGUUAUCCUCAUGGCUGCACAAGUGAAAGUUUUCUGAAAACCUAAUGACAGGACGGUAGGCAAGCCUGUCUUUUAGGGCGGCAUAUUUGCUGCCCGAUAAGUUGGUACUGGGAAAUGGGUCAGUUAGACAGCCGAGUGUGAUUCACGCAGCUUCCCAUGGGAUUUAAUCAGAUUUUUGGGGCAAACAGCCAAAUAUUUGGCAUGAGAAAAACUGCAGUACUAAUAAUUUAAAAAGACACAAACAACACGUUUGAUCAAAAAUACAUCUCAAAGGUGAAAGUUUAACCCCUUAUGUCAUGUGUCCUUAAGUGGUUAAGCAAAAAAAAAAAAAAGGAAUUGAAAAACAUUUUUAUUAUUGCAAUAAAAACUGUUGGGACGCUGCCCCUAUGGACAAGUCUAAUGGAUGUCUCCAGCACAGAUUUCCGGCAAAAAAAAAUAGAUGGACUCCACCCAUAGUUUCAUAGCACCAUAACUACUUCAAUAGGCUGCGCAGAUUUUAUGGUGCGAGUGCUCUUUUAUUGGAGGGAAAAAAAUAAUCUGUCAGAUGUGAAAAAGAAUUGUGGCAAUAUUACUACUAGACAGUGUUACCACUACCAGCUCACUGUCAGGGUUAUGUUACUAAAGAUAAUUCAAAGUGAAUUUCCGAUUUAAGGCCAGAGUAAUCGAACUGAAAGCAUAGAUGACUUAGAGGAUUUUUCCAGUUCAACUGUUUUGACCUGAGGCUUAGUCACUAUAGUGAGAUUUCAAGGUGAAUUUAAAAUUUGUGUGACUGGCUGGUCCAACUAUUAUUAUUAUUAUUGCCAUUUAUAUAGCGCCAACAGAUUCCGUAGCGCUUACUACAUGUGAUUAGUGAUUUUCCUUUCAUUACUGCUUUACAACAGAACUUCUCACUGCCGAAGGUCAUUUCCAGCCUAAGCAAGACCGUGACUACGCCGGUUGGAUGGACUUUGGACGCAGAAGUUCCGAAGAUACAGUCUCUGAUUCUUAAAAUUCUACCAUCUUUCUUACCCAAAUGUUAACAUUUCACGGUUGCCAAGAUUGUCCCUAUGUUGGAAUAUUUGUAGUGAUAUUAAAAAUUGUGCCUGAGAAAAAAAAUAGCUUGUUAUUUUAACCUCUUAAUUGCCAGCGGGUCUUGCAAGGCACGGGGAUGGGGUGUAGUAUACCACAUACCACUACGUAAACUAACAGCUAAAUCCAGUAAUUUUCAACAUACAUUUCUUUUUUCUUCUACUCUAAAAUAAAAUGAUAUCGGACCAAGAUUCUGUGGAAAUGUUUGUGUUUUGAUGACCUCUGCAAAACUGAGAUAGGGGAUUAUCCACAAACGUGUGAAUUGUUAGGAACUCAAAGUGAAUUUCAUUGUUUUUGCCAAAACCACUAGAUUAGAAAAAUUCUCCUAACUCCUGUGUGGUUUCCGUUCUGCUAUUUUAGCUACAAAUGUCAAUAUCCCUCUGAAUUAACACAGGAUAUGUCAGUGCCUUACACUGUAGAUUUUAACUUUAAUAUCUAAAGGGUAUUAACCCCUUAAGGACCAAACUUCUGGAAUAAAAGGGAAUCAUGACAUGUCACACAUGUCAUGUGUCCUUAAGGGGUUAAAGAGACCUUAACGUUUAAAACCUUUUUGUAUAUUGAGGAACUGAACUUGUGUAUGGGUGCAGUGGCUACUUUGUGAGGUUGUGUACAUGGCUGUGGAAUGUCUGUGGUGUUAUGUGAGUGUAUAUGCAGUGUGCAAUGUUGCAUAUGCCUUUUUUUAUGGUUACGUUUUUAUGUGUUGCUUGCAGUGUUAAUUUUGUCGACAGUUUUAGUCCACAAUUUUUUUUUUUAGAUAUAGUUAACUAAAACAAUUCAGAUUACUAAAAUAUGACUAAAACUGCAUUUUAGUCAAAAGACUAUGACUAAAACUAAAUUGAAAUGCGCCGCCAAAAUUAACACUGCGCAGAGGGGCUGUGGAAGGGGCAAAAGAGAUGGAGCAGGGCUUGGGAGAGACACAUCGAGGGGCUG